AUGGGAGGUAACAGUGGAGUUACAGGCACGGGUGAUUUACCCUCAGGAUUUUUUGUGGGAGGUGAGAAGGGAGUUACAGGGAACGGGGGAGAGGGAUUGGGAGAUAAGGAGGAGGGAGGGGAACAAGUGGAGGGUGGAAACUUGAAGGAGAGAGGGAGUGCGAGUGGGGAGAAGAGGGAGGGGAGGGAGGGGAGGGAGGGGGGCGCAUGGGGGCAAGGUGGGAGGUACAUGAGCGGGCUGUGCCUUCCUGUUUGCAUCUCCGGGGGAUUUAGUGGAGGGGAGAUUGGGGAAGAGGGGAGGGAAGAGGAGGAUCGGUUUGCUGUGAUAGAUGGGCGAGAUGAGGCUGAUGAGGUGGAGAGGAGAGAGGAGGAGUGUGAGGAGGGGAAUGAGGGGGAGGAGUUUGAGGAGAGGAAUGAGGGGGAGGAGGAUGGGACUGCUGUGGGAGAUGGGCGAGAUGAGGCUGAUGAGGUGGUGGAAGGAGAGGAGCAGGGUGAGGAGGGGAGUGAAGGAGAGAAUGUGGAGGAGAGUGAGGAUGAGGAGGAGUGUGAAGGGGAGAGUGAGGAGGAGGAGGGGGAUGAGGAGGAGGAGGAGGAGGAGGAGGAGGAGGAGGAGGAGGAGGAGGAGGAGGAGGAGGAGGAGGAGGAGGCUGAGUGUGAUUCAAUCAAGAGAGACGAGGAGCAAGAGAAAGAGAGAGGUAGGGAUGGGACUGUGGUGCUGGAGAAGGGAGGAGACGAGGUAGAGGGGUUGUUACAGGGGGAUGGAGGGAAGCAGCAGGGCUGUGGGUCAUGUCAGCAGGGGGGUGGGGGGAAGAAGCAGGGGGAUGGGGGGAAGAAGCAGGGGGGUGGGGGGAAGAAGCAGGGGGAUGGGGGGAAGAAGCAGGGGGGUGGGGGGAAGAAGCAGGGGGAUGGGGGGAAGAAGCAGGGGGAUGGGGGGAAGAAGCAGGGGGGUGGGGGGAAGAAGCAGGGGGAUGGGGGGAAGAAGCAGGGGGAUGGGGGGAAGAAGCAGGUCUCCAUGUCAGGGUUUGAUGCGCUGCUGAAGUUAGCAGGUGAGGUGGAGCAUGGUGAAAGAGACGUUGGAGAGGGGUUGCUACAGGGGGAUGGGGGGAAGCAGCAGGGCUCUGGGUCACGGCAGGAAGGGGAUGGGGGGAAGCAGGGCAACGGGUCAAUACGGCAGGCAGAGGGGUUGCUAGAGCGGAAUGGCGGGAAGCAGGGCAAUGAGGCAGAGAAAUUGCAGCAAGGCGGUGGGGCGUGUGAGACUGAUGGGUUGAGAGCGGGAGAUGGGCUGUGGGAGACUGAUGCUGGGAGUACGGUGGGUGAUGGGUCGAGUGAGACUGGUGGAUUGAAGGGUUGCGAGACUGAUGCUCGGAGUAAGCUGGGUGAUGGGUCGAGAGAGUCUGGUGGGGUGACGACGGGUGAUGGGUUGUGUGAGCCCGAUGGGUCGAAGGUGGGAGAAGGGCGGAGGGAGAAGGGGCGCGGGUGGAUGAGUUGGAAGGUUCUGGCUGCUGUGGGUGCAGCUGCUGUGGUUAUAGGCGGGGCUGCUGUGAUUAUGGCGAAGGGGAGGAGCUGGAAGGGGAGAGGAGGGAGGGAAAGGAGUGGGGAGAGGAGGGAGUGGGGGCAGCGGAAGCCGGAGGAGGCACAGAGGGAGGUGCGUGGGAGGGGUCUGCAAGGGGAUGAGGGGGACGAGGGGGGGGAGUGGGGAGAGAGAGGGGGGGGUGGGGAAGAGGUGGAAGACAGGCGGAGGGAAAGGAGUGGGGAGAGGAGGGAAUGGGGGCAGCAGAAAGAGGAGGCGCAGAGGGAGGUGCAUGGGAGGGGUCUGCAAGGGGACGAAGGGGACGAGGGGGGAGAGAGGCGGGGGGAAGGGGAAGAGCAGGAAGAGAGGCCAGAGGGGCAGGAGGAAGGGGAAGGGUAUAGUGCGGGAGAUGAAGGGGAAGAGGGAUGGUUGGUGCACGAGGAGGAGAGGAAGGAGGUGGGAAUGAAGGAAUGGGAUGAAGGGGAGGAAUGGGAGGAAGGAAAUGAUGGGUUGUUGGAAGUUCGGCAGCAGGGAGAGGAGGACGGGUGGGUGCAUGCAAGGGGAGGGUUAGUGCAAGAGGAAGAGAGGAAGGAGGUGGGAGUGAUGGAAGGGGAUGAAGGAAAUGAUGGGUUGGUGGAAGUUCAGCAGCAGGGAGAGGAGGAGGGGUGGGAGGGGGAGCAGCAGCGGCGGCAGAGGGAGCAACGAAAAAUGGAGAGAGAGCGAGAGAGGAGGAGAGGCAUGUGGGGUGGUUUGUGCUUCAACAGUGUUAGGUUAGGCCUUGGUAACGAGGAGGGAGAGGAGGAAGAGGAGGAAGAGGAGGAAGAGGAGGAAGAGGAGGACGAGGAGGAAGCGGAGGAAGAGGAGGAAGAGGAAGAAGAGCCUAUGUCCAUCGAGGGAGGUGAAGAGAGGUGGAGAGGGGGAGAUGGGAUGGAGGAGGGAGGGGAGGGGGAGGAGGAGGGGAGUGGAGGGGAGGAGUGGAUGUAUGAGAGGGAGUGGGAUGUGUUUGUGCAGACACUGAGAGAGGGGGACAGAGGAGGGAUUAGGGAGACACUGAGUGUGAGGGAGGGAGGAGGGAUAGAAGAGGAAGAGGGGAAAGGAGGGGAAUGGGCAGGGAGUGGGGGGAGAGGAGAAAGAGGAGGGGGAUUACGGUGUGGAGUGGUGGUGAGGGAUGCGGAGGCUUAUGCGUGUGAUGAUGGUACAGCGGUGUGUGCAAGGGAGUGGGUGGGGGAAGAGUGGGAAGGGAGGGAAUGGAAUGGGGCUGAUUGCGGUGCAAAGGAGUGGGAUGGUGCUGGGAGGAGUGGGAGGGAGUUGUGUGGGGAGGAUGCUGGUCUGUCACUAGGGAGCAGCACUGAUAAUGUAGAGCCCUGCUGUCCCUUGACUAGGGACUACAGCCCUCUAUGUUAUGCUGAUGAUGGCGGUGCUGCUACUGAUGAUGGGAAGAAUGGGAAUGAUGGUGCUGCUGGUGGCGCUGCUGGUGGUGAUGAUGGGGAUGAUGGUGACGAUGGUGCAUGCUAUAGUGACCAGCGGGAAAGCUCUGAUGAUCAAGAGAAUUCCACAACCAUACUUCACGGUCGCUCGGUGUUUGACGAGAUUCUCCAUCGUGGCGCCAUGGCAGCAGCAUGGCAAAUCCCCGAUCACCAUCCAAGGGCGUCUCACCCUCCCACUGUCCCAGCUCCUGCCACCAACCACUCUCCCCUUGUGCUCUACCCCAAGCCGUUCCAUACUGACGAAUCUGAUGACCAUGACGCCAGUAUUGAAGCAGCUUAUAUCGAGGACAAACUGGCUGCCCUGAAUCAAAGGCAGGAUGAGCCGUGGAGCCUGGGUCGGGUUUUUUCGCGGGCAGCUGACUGGUGGCUGCGGGCAGGAGAAGAGGAUUCACGGGCAGAUGGAGCUGAUGGGGAGAUGGGGAGAGUGAGGUAUGGAGGGAGAUUGAUAGGGAAGGAGAAUGGUUCUAGAGGGUAUUGUGAGAGAGGAGUGAUCAUAAAAGGGGGUGGUCCGGGGGUUGAGAUGUUUCAGAACGUGAUAAUAGAGGGAGGUGGUUUGGAGAGAGAGGGUGGGAGUGGGAUGGAAGGUGGGCCGACAUGGAUUAGGAAGAAGGGGAUGAACAGGGAGAGCAGGAGGAGUGAUGGGAGAUUGCGAAUGGGAAUUGUGGAGGGGAGUGAGGCAGGGAGUGAGGAGGAGGUAUGGAAUCGCCUCAGCCCUGCUCUUGCUCAAACAUGA